UGAUGAUGCACAACCUUCCGCUGGGAGCAUUUAAGGCAGAGCACUUGAUCUGAGCCGCAGCUGCAGGACUCGGGACCUUGAAAGGCUCAGGAAGGACAAUCCUUGAGAGCAGCAGCUGCCACAGCACUGCCACAGCUGCCACAACACUACCAAGGAAGCAUGUUGCUAGCUACGUUCAAGCUGUGUGCUGGCAGCUCCUAUAGACAUAUGCGGAAUAUGAAAGGACUGAGGCACCAAGCUGUGCUGGCCAUUGGCCAAGAGCUGAACUGGAGAGCAGUGGGGGACCCCAGUCCCGGGUGGAUGGGUCAGGUUCGACGUCGGAGCUCUCUGCUUGGUUCUCAACUGGAAGCAACACUCUACAGUGACCAGGAGCUGUCCUACAUCCAGCAGGGAGAGGUGGCGAUGCAGAAGGCCUUGGGCAUACUCAAUAACCGGGAAGGCUGGAAGAAGGAGAGCCAGCAGGAGAAUGGGGAUGAAGUGCUAAGUAAGGUGGUGCCGGAAGUGGGCAAGGUGUUCCGCUUGGAGGUGGUGCUAGACCAGCCCAUGGACAGACUCUAUGAGGAGCUCGUGGACCGCAUGGAGGCCAUGGGCGAGUGGAACCCAAACGUCAAGGAGAUCAAGGUCCUGCAGAAGAUUGGAAAGGACACGGUCAUCACCCAUGAGCUGGCUGCGGCGGCAGCAGGCAACCUGGUGGGGCCCCGCGACUUUGUGAGCGUGCGUCGUACCAAGCGCAGAGGUUCCACCUGUGUGUUGGCAGGGAUGGCCACGCAUUUUGGGGAGAUGCCCGAGCAAAGCGGUGUCAUCAGAGCUGAGCACGGCCCCACCUGCAUGGUGCUUCGUCCACUGGCUGGGAGUCCCUCAAAGACUCAACUCACUUGGCUGCUCAGUAUAGACCUGAAGGGUUGGCUGCCAAAGACCAUCAUCAACCAGGUCCUAUCUCAGACCCAGGUAGAGUUCGCCAACCACCUGCGCAAGCGCCUGCAGUCCAGCCCUGCCUGUGGGGCCCAGUGUUGAGGACUGCCCACAGCCAGCUGCACGCCAUGGAAGCGCUCACAGGAAGCCUGCACGUCUGUACAUCUUCAGCUACCGACAAUGGGAGGGAUGGUAGUCAUAAGACAGGAGGACUGACUGCUAAAACUUACUAUCAGGAAAAUAGAAAUGAGGCUUAGGAAAAAAAGGUCCUCUGGUGUCUCCCACUGACUAGCUGUGAAGGCGAAGGGAUAGGUAUCUAUGAAACCUUUUUUCUAGGCCUGUAUAUGCUGACCUAAAAAAAAAAAAAACACCUACUAAAAACAUGUCAGCAGCUGAUGUGACCAGGAGGUGCUAAGGACCGGGAACCAUUAUCUUACGGGCUCCAAAUGCCACUACCUGAAGGCAGUGUGUGCACAAAGCAAGGUCUUACCUAGGAAACUCUGUGGCCUUCUGUUCCUCUGCAAAAGGCCAGAACUUGAAGCUACCUACAAAGAGCCCUUCCAGAGUACUCCAACUUUUCUCUAAGGAGAAAUGAAAUAACUGUUGUGCUGGCUUCCCUACUUAUCCCAUGACAAUAAAGAAGCAAAGGCGCACAUUUCAGCCUGUCCGCAUCAAGUCCCCUAAGGAAUCAGUGCUGGAAAUCACGGCUCCAGCAGAGUUCUGGUUUAAAUCUCCUAGUUCUUUAAAGGGAGCAACGUGUCUGGAGAUUUAUGUCAUUUGACUGUUUACUCUUUCCUAGAAAAUGUAAUUUCAUAGCAAACACAACUCUAAAUUGGUUCUUACAGAACUCCAGCUAAAAGCCAGGGAGGUGGCACAAGCCUUUAAUACCAGCACUCAAGUGGCAGAGGCAGGUGGAUCUUUCUAAUACUGAGGCCAACCUGGUCUAAAUAGGAUAGUCAGAGCUGCACAAUGAGACUGUGUCUCAAAAAUACAAAACACAGGGAUUGAAAGGAUGGCUAAACUGCUGGGAACACGAGCUGCUUCUAAGGAAUCCAGGUUUGCUCCCAGCACCCAUGCGCAGCUCACAACUCUAAUUCUAGUCCCAGGGAAUCUGAUGCCCUCUUGUGGCCUUGGUGGGCACCAUGCAUGCAAGUGGUACACAGACAAACAAAUACAUACUGAACACCCAUAAACAUUAAAAACAAAACCCUAGCUGGGUGCGGUGCCUCAACAGCUUUAAUCUCAACACUUCAAACGAUGACACAGGUGAAUUGCCGUAAGUUCCAGGCCAGCUUGGCCCACAAUGAGACCAUCUCACAACAAACAAAAACAAACUCCUCAGAGUUGGUAGUUAAGAUUAAUAGCAUUUUGGCAGCAAGAUUCUGACAGGAUUUUCAUUUUCCUAUACUGAAAAAUAAAUACUGGCCAAUAAAGCUAGCAACUUCCUUGUUUGAAAAGGUUAAAGUAUUAGAUUACCUUUUAGGAAGACAAAUAGCUAGAAAUCAGUAGCGCUAUAACAUUCCUGUUCCAGGAUUUGGAAACGUUACACUUUAAAGGAAUAAUGGGAGGCAGGUGAGGGCAGCACACAGCUUGAGUUCUAGGAAAGUCAGGGCUUUUAUACAGAGAAAGCCUCUCAACAAAAAACAAACACAAGAAUUUAAGUUGUGACCGACAAAAUGCCCCAGUGUGUAAUAGCGCUGGCCACAUGACUGCUGACUCCAGGAAGCCACAGAGACGGAGGGAGGGAACUGAAAACUGAUUCCAGAGAGGUCCUGAUGGCUGCUCUGUCUAUAUUCCACAUAAAUACUGGAAUAUAUUGAUUGAAAAGAUGAACGAUUGUAACAACCUAAAGCUUUUCAUUAUAGGCAUCUUUAAAAAAAAAAAAAAAAAAAGAGUAAUGUGUGUGAGUGUGCAUGGGCCCAGCAUACACGUGGAGGUCAGAGGGCAACCUCAGGAGUGUGACAACCCCCCAUGAGGUGGUCUUGGGUUGUCAAGGUAGGCAGCAAGCACUUUUACCCGCAGUGCCAUCUUGCUGUCCCACUUUUCUGUCCUUACAGUAGUGUGGGCAAUCCCCAUCAUCUGCAAAGAACUGAGCUUAUUUAUGCAUAGAACAAUGUGGACCACGUAUUUAUUUAUUGAAGUCUUAGACCUUCCCUGAUAUUUAUUGCUCAUCCUGGCGCUUCAAGGUGGGAAGGGCAGCUGUAGAGCUUUCUGAUACAAUCACCAUCACCGGGAUCUGCUAGGAAAGCAGCCACUUGCUGAAAGACCCAGUACAACAACUCCAGGGCCAGCUUCAGGAGAACAGGCUGACAGUGAAGACUGGGCCUUCAGCAAACACUGUGGCUUUAACUGGACUAGCACUGGCUCCUGUGCACACUGUAACUGUAUCCCUCUGCCCUCAGAUGUUUUACAAUUUGUAAUUUUACAUUUCAAUAAAAGCAGUUGCCCCUGGCAGCUUGACUGUA